UCACUUAACCGUAGAUGAAGGUUUAAGCUUAAUUCUUAUCAGAUGCAUCAUUGAUGUACAUAUUUCUACCAUCUUCAACUUCCGAUUACUUAAAUGUAAUUCCAGCUUUCCUAGCUUUCUGAAGCAAGGGGAAAGCUGCACAACAUGCACCUACGAUGACUACGGAACCAGGCUCGCCAAAAAGGCAACAUAUACUCUCCUCCAUCAACCCCGACCGCCGUUCGGAAUCGCCUAUAAUAGAACCUCACAAAUCCCCCGAAGAGGCGCCACCUCCGCAACCAGAGCCUGUUACAGAACAAGCGUCAGCAGAAGUACCGGAGGAGACUGAAGAGACGAGGGAAAGGAAAAAGACCUCAAAGUUCCGAUUUAAAUCAAAGAAGAGUUCGCGCUCCCAUCGCCACUCUUCCCGCGAUCGCGACCGCGACCACGAACAAGAUGGCGCGGACCAAGAUCCCACAUCCCACCGCCGCCAUAGACACAGACAUCACCACCAUCGUCACAAGCGGCGACGGUCGCGCUCCCCCACACCACCACCAAACCCGUUCGAGCCGCAGCCGCUAGACACGGAGACGGCGUUCCGGGAGUCGCUGUUCGACGCCAUGGCGGACGACGAGGGGGCCGCGUACUGGGAGAACGUGUACGGGCAGCCGAUCCACGUGUACCCGAACGCGCGCCCGGGGCCGGACGGCGAGCUCGAGCGCAUGACGGACGACGAGUACGCGACGUUCGUGCGGCAGCGGAUGUGGGAGAAGACGCACGCGGGGCUGCUGGAGGAGCGGGCGCGCCGCGAGGAGCGGAAACGGAAAAAGGAGGAGGAGGAGGAGGAGGAGAAGAGGAGGUUGACGAGGGAGAUGGAGCGUAGUUUGCGUAGGGGCGAGGAGAGGAGGCGGAAGAGGGGGUGGAAGGAGAGGUUUGAGGAGUAUGGUAAGGCGUGGAUGGGCUGGGAUGGAGGGGUCGAGGGGAUUGGGUGGCCGGUGAAGAGUGGGAGGCGCGAGGAUGUGGGGAUGGAUAAUGUGAGGGAUUUUUUCGUCUUGGGGAUUGAUCCUGAGGACGUGGGCGAGGCGGAAUUUUUGGCGAGGUUGAAGGAGGAGCGGGUUAGGUGGCAUCCGGAUAAGAUACAGCAGAGGCUUGGUGGGAAGGUUGAUGAGGCUGUCAUGCGCGAUGUUACGGCUGUUUUUCAGAUCGUGGAUAAGUUGUGGUCGGAUACCCGGUCGAAAAGGCAGUGAUGUCUUAUGGC